AGAGGAAAGCAGGAAACCAGCAUGUCAUAGUGUCGUCAAAUGAAUUCCGUACGAGCUUCUGGUCAUUUUUUUCUGCGUCUGGAGACUUCUGAACUAUGCAAACUUGUAAGAAGCUGUUGAGAGGAAGUACAUAUCUACUUGAUCCUUUUCCAAGUCCACGGAUUUAAACACAAUCACGGAUUUAAGAUGAGCAUCGUAUCUUGGAGAUGGGUUUUCUGCCCUGUUCUAUUUAGUUUUGUGGUCAUAUUUCUGGACAUAAGGACAGAUGCAACACUGGAGGGUUCCUCUAUGGGCUACCUGAGUCAGGAGCCUGAGGUGUUUCCACGUGUCGUUCAUAUAUCUGAUGUGAAGGUUUCUGGUGAAGGCCAUGUUAUCUCACGACGGAAGCGUAACAUCCUUUUCCCAAGUGGAGUCAAACUCUGUGCACAAGAAACCGCCCAGCAGGUUGUUGCAAACCACCUGAGCUACUUUCACCUCAGAGUGUGCCAGGAGACCAUAUGGGAGGCUUUCAAGAUCUUCUGGGACCGCCUGCCAGAGCAAGAAGAGUACCAAAGCUGGAUGAAUCAAUGCCAGGAGGGCACAGUCACGGCAAAAGAUAUAGGCACCUACUUCAGCCAAUCAGACGAGCAUCAUGCUCUGGUUAAAAGGAGAAUGUCACUGCCAGGUAUGAAAAGUGAGCCCACCAGGUCCUGGCAAAAUAUGUGCAGCACUCCGACACCAACACCGGAAGCUGUUGACGCUCCUGAGCUAGAAGAAAAAGAAGAAGAGGUAAAAGAAGAGGAAGCAGCUGCCAUUGAUCCCAAGGUGGAUGAGAGUCUGCUGGAUAAUGACAUUGCCAUGGAGCCUCCGACCCCCGCUGUGCUGGAGCAGGUGGUGGAGCUGAGCAUCCUUCUGACCGGAGAGACGUACAUCGACGACCUUGACGAUCCAGCCAGCCUCCAGCACCAAACACUCAGCCGACAGCUCGCGGAAAAGAUAGAGGACGCUCUGCAGGGGCUUCCUGGAUUCAAGAGUGUGUCUGUGCUGGACUUCAGGCCCCACAAGGAUAUCCAAGGGCUGGAUGGCGUGGUGGUGGACUACGCAGUCACAGUGGUGGUGGAUGGAUCCGGAGUGAGCAAUGAUCAACUGGACUACCUGACCUUGCAGUCGAACCUGGUGGAGAGCUCGUACCGGGAGGUUGUGGAGCUCCCCACGGUGGUCUACACCAUCAGCGAGGUCAAAAACUUCUUCACUGAAGCCCUUCACAACGAUGAGCUGCAGAGCGUGUCUGAGGUCCCUGAGCCUGUCAGCGCUGCAGACGGAGCCGAGAUUGUUGCUGUCGAUGAGCCGCCAGAGGUCACUGUCCUGGAAGAGGAGAUAGAGGUGGACACAAACGACGUCCUGCCUGAACCCUCCGAAACCAACACAGUGGCCAACGCAGAAAAUGACGUCAUUGUUCUGGAGGAGAGUGCCGUCGUGUCUCCUGCUCCUGUCCUGACCACAAGUGCACCUGAAGCUGGCAGUAUUGAAGAGGAGGGUCUGCUGCCUGGGGACAUUGUGGAGACUCCUGCAGUAGAAGUCCUUCCACCAGAGGAGGUCCCAGCUGAGCUUCCCUCCCCUGAACUGCCGGAGGGCAAUACGCUGCCUGAACCACCAGUGGAGCUUGAGGCCUCGGGUUCACCCACAGAUGACCUGGAGGAGCUGCUUCAACCAGCUACACCCGUUGAAGAAAUAGAAGAAGUGUCUCCUGAGGAGACUGGCUCAGAAGAUGUGCUAAUAAUAGAAGAUGUCCCCAUAAAUGUAGAUGCCAUCUCAGAAGCUGAAACAGAGGAUGUUGAGGUUGAAGCUGUUGCAGAAGAACCUACUGCUGCAGCUGUGGAAGAUGAACAUAUGGAAGAGGCUGUUGUGGAUGAGGUGGAGAUUCCAGAAGAGCUUGAGAUCUCCACAGUCGCAACUGAGAGUAUAUACUACGGCCCGCCUGCCGUUGCCCCACCUCCUGAAGCUGAAGCUGUAGAUGUAGAGAGUGUAGAGCCAGAGGCAGCAGAAAUAGAGCUGCUUCCAGUUGGUGAAGACUCAGCGGAGGCCACACAAGAAGAAUCCAACCUCAGAGAUGUUCCGUCUAUAGAUGAGGAAGUUGACCCUGAACAGCCUGCACAAGACGCAGACAUUAAUGUGGUGCUUGCUUAUCCUGAGGAGCCUGUAUUUGAGGAAGGUGGCAUGGAGGAGGCAACAGAGAGUGAGGAACCAGCGGUGAUAGAAGAGACCAUACCUGAAAUUCCACCUCUAGAAGAAGAGGGCCCGGCUGCUCCAGAGCUCUCUGCAGAGGAUCUUACAGAGGACGAGAUCAUACUUGUCAACCAGGAGGAACCAGAGCCAACAGAUAUAAAUUCUCUGAGCCCUGUACAACCGACGGCCCUGUCUCCAGAGAGAGAGUCACCUUUCACCCGUAUCGCUGACGUGGACCUUACCCCUGAGGUGCAACCUGACAUCAUCGUCCCUUCAGUGGUUGAGAUCCAGACCCCUAACGAAGGCUUGGACGAUGCCACUACUGGAGACCAGGACUAUGACGUGAUCCACUACGGUUAUGGUGUGAUUAACCACACAGAGGAGGGCAGCACUGGCUUUCCGUUCGGUGUUGCACACGGCACGGAUCAAGUCAGCAUCGCCAUGCCUGUGAACCCUGGACGAGCCCUGAUGGUGUUCUUCAGCCUGAGGGUGACCAACAUGAUCUUCUCAGAUGAUCUCUUCAACAAGAGCUCCCCAGAAUACAAAGCUUUGGAGCAACGCUUCAUAGAGCUGCUUGUGCCAUACCUGCAGUCCAACCUGAGUAACUUUGAGAAUCUGGAGAUCCUGAACUUCAGGAACGGGAGCAUUGUAGUUAAUAGCCGGAUGAAAUUUGGCAAACCUGUGCCACAAACGGUCACCAACACUGUCUACCUGAUCCUGGAGGACUUCUGUAACACAGCCUACCAGACUAUGAACCUGGCCAUCGAUAAAUACUCUCUGGACGUCGAGUCAGGUGACAAAGCAGACCCGUGUAAGUUCCAGGCAUGCAACGAAUAUGCGGAGUGUAAGGUGAACAAAUGGUCGGGGGAGGCAGAGUGCGUCUGUAAUGCUGGAUACUUCAGCGUGGACGGCCUGCCCUGUCAGAGCAUCUGUGACCUGCGCACAGACUUUUGUCUCAAUGACGGCAAGUGUGACAUCAUCCCGGGCCAGGGAGCCAUCUGCAGGUGUCGUGUUGGGGAAAACUGGUGGUACAGAGGAGAGCACUGUGAGGAGUACGUCUCUGAGCCGCUGGUGGUCGGCAUAGCGAUCGCCUCUGUAGCUGGAUUCCUAUUGGUAGCCUCAGGAGUCAUCUUCUUCCUCGCCCGGACAUUACGGGAUCAGUAUGACAAGGAUGAGUCAGAGGACCCCAUACGGCGAGCAGAGAGCCUCCCGUCUCUGGAGAGGGCGACCAAGUACAACCCUAUGUAUGAGAGUGAGGCCACCACAGGCUACAGCCACUACUACCGCCGCUAUCCUGAAGCUCCAGUUUACAGUAGCGCCAGCGCCGAGGCCUCCACUGACUUCAGCAGUGAGGAGAUACGACACAUAUAUGAGAACAGUGAACUGACCAAGGAGGAAAUCCAAGACAGGAUACGCAUUAUUGAGCUCUACGCGAAGGACCGGCAGUUUGCAGACUUUGUACGGCAUCAUCAAGCCGUUUUGGAUACCCGCAGAGAGAGCUCGUCUGUACACACAUGAAACUCUCCUGUGAACAACACAAGAAACAUGCCUCUGUGUUAGAAAGGUGAAGCUCCCUGUCAAGACUCUCCACUUCCUUCAACACGACACUUCACACUUUACUCUGGACCAAACAGCCCUCUCGUUCUGUUUCUUACUGUUCUUCCUCCUUCCUUUGUGCCUUCUCUUGACUGGGUGAGCUGGUUUGGAAGUGUUGCUGCUCAUCCACUGGACGUCUUACCUUUUAGGGAAAACUGGACCGCAUCCUGUUACUUGAAAUAUUCAUCACAAUACUGUCCACAGUAGAACUUUUGUGUAGUGGAAUAAUUGGUUUUGUUUCAUGUCAUAUCUGUUUAUUCUAAAAGAGAAGAACUUAAAGCUGUGAAUAUGUAUAUAGUCUUACUGUUAGGAUGUUUGCUAGCUAAGAUAUUAUUCUGUAUUUUAUUUUUUGUCUCUGCAAUACAGAGCCCACAUUUACUCUUUAAGUUUUCUCAGAGAGGCACUGAGAGAGCUGCUCUUUUUUAGUCAAUGGUGCUAUCUUAAAUGUAGUGGUGACUCAACACCAAUGGAUCAACUCUGGAAAUACUACUGUACAUUAAAGAAAUAGUUCAACAUUUUGGGGAAAUAUGUGCAUUCCCUUUCUGGAAAAAACUUAGAUGAGAAGAUCAAUUGAUAAAUAUUCAGCCUGCACAGACACUGGUAACAGGAGGAACAGCUCUGGUAACAGUCUGACAUGGUGAAAAUUGAUUUUUUUUUUUUUUUUAAAUGGCUGUUCACAGUAUUUUCUGAUUCAUGAAAUGAUGAAAAGUUAUAACCAAAAUUCCCCUCUGUAAAAACCUUGACACUUGCAUGUCAACAAAAGGAGACAAUGAAAUGGCUUUAGCGAGUGUUCAGAUUUUUGUUCUGGAAACAUAUGCAAAUUAGCUUAUAUUAAAUAAGAUAAUGCCUUAUUUAAAUAUAUUAAAACACAUUUUAAAAACUUUUAACACAAAAACACAUCUAAAUGUUAGGAAUCAGCUGGGAAAGGUUCGUGGUGAUAUCUAUUAGUUCAAAUUUGUACUCACUCUGCUUUAGAGGUGCUGGUUUGCAGAUUUUGUUACGUUCAGACAGAGCUAGGCUAACAGUUUCUCUCCGUUUCCAUUCUUUGUGCUAAGCUAAGCAGCCCAACAUGUAGAGAAAGUGGGCUCAAUCUUAUCUAAAUCUCCAAAAGAAACCAAAUAUUUCCCAAAAGUUGAACUAUUCCUUUAACGUAAUCCCUUACUGUCUUACAACCUGAACGUUUUCUGCAGGCAGGUGAUUUUUCUUCACCCAUCACAAGCUUUGGUGUGUAUGUUUGUAAAUGUACGUCGUGGUAGACACGAAAAAGAGAACACAGUUGUGAUGGAGGGAAAGGCAGAGAGCAUGAACCCUCUAUAGCUCUGGGAUUCAGAAAUAAAUGAAAACAUGUUUCAGUGGAAAAAUGCUCUGGGGCAGGCGGCCCAGGGAUUUGAUCAAAUGGUUUGCUUUCAGAUGUCAUGUGUAAUGCAAAAAGCAAGCUGAUAAACAACACGCGCUCUUUGGAAAGACAACCUCAAGCUGCGUCUCCUGCUUAAAGAAACCUCAAGGUUACCAGCAAUUCUUUAAAAAAUUAUCUUCCCUGUGACUACUUGUUUGGCCAUGAUCCUGCUCCUCAAGCUGAAAACCUCCUGACAGACUAAUUCCAGUGUUUUCUUUGGUAUUCUCACAUGUUCCUCCCUGGACUUGUUCUGCUUGAUCCCUCCUGUCCCUUGAGUGGACCCUCACAGCUGCAGCUGAUUUGAACUGUAGGUUUUUUCGUUUAUUGACGGCCAGUGUGACCGUCAGAGUCAGACACAUAGAUCUAGCUUCUUGUUUACAUUACAUGCUCCUUUGCUCUUAUUUUAGAGGUCUACACAAUGAAGCAGACUCUUCUGACAGUGUCAUGCCUUUUGCAAUCUGCAUAUUCAAAUGUGUUUUGUUUAUGCAUGCUUUUUUAGUUUCUGCAUACAGUUUUUGUCCUCCUUCUGCCACCUGGACAAAAGGCCAAUCAUCCCACAGUGUUCUGUCAUGUAAAUAACAAUGAAGAUAUUACUAACAGUUGUAGGAUAUAAAAUCAUGUGUGAUUCAACUGUUUCAAUAUAUGAAGUUAUUCUUUUUAUACCGAUAACUGUUUCACCAUUUUAACAGUGUUAUCAUACCGUGCAGCUCUGUAAAUUACUAAUAACAAAUUGUAACAUGCAAAAAUAAAAUGUUUUAUAUAAAAU